AUGAGAAGCUUUCCUCUCAGAUUCAUCAUUCUAAGAUCUCAAUAACUCUUCAGACCUAAUUGUUCCCUUUUAAAAUUAAUGUCUUCAAGAACUAUUAAGUAUCAUUAUUCUCAAGAAAUUAAUCGGAAUAACCAUAAUAGUACUAAUUAAGGUUAAAACAAAACUGAAAAUAAAACAAUAGAUAUUUAACCAUAAUAAAUGAUAGAAUUAUUCUAACAAUUGAUUUCCUUAAGAAAAUUAGAACCAACUGAAACCAAUUGUAUUUCAUAAUUACUUAUUUCUAGAAGAGGAAAUGAUUACUACUUUGGAUUAAUUAGUUCCUUUUAUUGAGAAUUUUAAUACUCAUUAAUUAGAAUAUUUUUUAAUUUUAACAAAUGAAAUGAUUAUUAUUGAACAUGAACUCACUGAUAAAUUGUUUGAAUAAACAAAGUAACUAUUAUAUUCAGAGUAUGUAUAUACUUUAAAAUUUUAGAUAAUCUAAUUUUAAUUAGACUUUAAAGAUUCUUAGUUUAUUAAUUGAAAAUCCUUUAAAAGAGGAAUAAUUAGAGAUUUUCAUUAAAUUUUUAUUUACAAUCCUCGAAAUGCCAUAUCUUGAUGCAUCUACUCUUGGAAAUGCUAUUUAUGUAUAUGGACUUAUUGUCAAAUAAUAUUAAAUACAAUCAGAAGAUUUUUAUCAGUCAAUUACAAGACAUUUAAAAAGAAUUGAUAAAGAUUAUGAUGAAAUUAUGAUGAAAGGAAAAAAAGAUUCAUAACUGAUCAAUUUAACAUAAUAGGACCUUAAAUAAUUAGCAUUAGGUUUACAUUUUGGUGGAAGUAAAACACCUGAACUUCAGAAAUAUAUUUCUAUUAAAGCUUAAAGCAUAUUCAUUGAAAUUCAAAAUCUUAUAUUAAUAUCUAAAUUUUUGUUAAAUCAAGAAACAAUCAAUUAAGAAUUCUUAAAUUUUUUUAAAUAAGAACUUGAAAAAUCAAAAGAUAAGCUUUAACCGGAUGAUUUUUUAUAAUUAAUGGUUGUAGCAAAAAGUAUGAAAUAGCAAGAUUCAAAUAUUCUGGAAUUUAUUGUUAAAAGAUUUCUCAAAAUAAAAAGUUAGUUUUCUUUAGGAGAUAAAGCAUUUAUAUAUCAAAAAAUGGCAUAAGUACAAUUUUUAUCUUAAGACUUAUGGACCUAAUUUGAAUUAGAUAUUAAAGAAAUCACAGAAAAUUGUGAAUGUUUUGAUGCCUGUUUAAUGUUUUAUAGAAUUUUUGAUGUAUUUUAUUUUAAUAAAUUAGGUUUUUGAUAUAUUGAAACCUGAAUGUUAAGAAUUUAUAUUUAAUUACAUUAUAGCAAAACAGAAUGAAAUUGAUGCCGAAAUGAAGGAAUUAUUAUUAUAAAAAUUAUAAGAAAAAGGAAUUGUUUCAGAAUAAGAAAUUGAAGAAUCAAAAAACUAAGUGUGA